AUGGUAAACGUCCCUCGCUGUCUCGUUCGCGGGUCUAUCAACGUCGAUGAAUAUUUUGACGUGAAAGACAUUGCUCGCCCUGGAGAAACAAUAUCGUCUCAUGGACUCGCCAAGCGGGCAGGGGGGAAAGGUGCCAACCAAGCUGUAGCUGUAGCUAAGGCAGGAGGGCAGGCAGACUUUGUGGGAGCUGUAGGUGAAGAUGGGUUAUGGACGCUUGACCACCUCAGCGAACACGGCGUCAACAUCGCUGGGUCGGAACGUGUUUCUGAAUUGACAGGAAGAGCUUUAAUUCAGGUGGCAGAAGAUGGGGAAAAUAGCAUAAUCCUUUUUAAAGGCGCCAACUACGCGAAAUUACCCAAGAAACCCAUACAUCCAUUGACCACCCAUCUUCUCCUUCAAAAUGAGAUAUCUCUAGACGAAUCGCUCUUCUAUCUCUCCGAAGCUGCUUCUCUCUCCCUCGUAACCAUCUUCAACCCAUCCCCAAUGCCAACGACUGAAGAGCUCAAAUCUUUUCCGUGGUACCAGCUUACAUGGUUAAUCGUCAACGAGGGUGAAGCCGCCGAUAUGUACCGAAUCCUCAUCUCAAGAACCAACGCAGAACAGGAAACAGACGUGCAAGCGUACACCGAGAUACCCGCAUACUCGAUCACUCGCAAAUUACUCUCCCAGAUGCCUACUACGAACGUAGUUUGUACGUUAGGAGGGAGAGGUGUCUUGGCACUGCUUCCUUCUUUGCGCGAUAGUGGUGGACUCCCUGAGCCUAUUUACCUGCCCGCCGCCAAGUUGGACAAAGGUGUAGUCGAUACCACCGGCGCUGGAGAUUGUUUUGCUGGUUAUAUGGCUGCGGGUUUGAUGAAUCUUCAGCAAGAGAAAGGCACGAAAUUGUUGAGCAAACAGGAUGUUAUUGCGGUCAUGACGCGAUGUGUUCAGGCCGCAGGACUCUGUGUACAGAAACCAGGGGCUAUGGCCAGUAUUCCUCUUGGAACAGAGGUCGAUAUUGAGACCGUUAAUCUCCACAAGUCAAUGCCACCGAAGCGAUGCUCUAGUCCACCGCUAGAUCGAGACUCACGCGCGGCGAAGAGAAGGCGUACAAGCAUCAGCAACUAUGAAAAAUCUCCAAUCCGAAAGUCUUACAGCCUUCCCAAUACACCGUUCUCUUAUCAAUACGCUUUCCCUGAAGACUCGAACCCGUCUACACCAUAUCCACCCUUCCCUUCUGACUCACCCUCCAAUCCUUUCGGGAGGAGGCGUUCUCUAGCUCCAUUACUACCACCUUCCACCCCUUUUGGCAGGCAUGUCGUUCUACGGUUCCGCUUUUUCCGACACGGUGAAGUCAUUGAUAGCAGGGGCGUUUAUCGUGUCACCCAGGUUCCCUUGUCAUAUAACUUUCGACAUCUAAAAACGUUGGUUGCUUUUUUGUUUGGCGGGCAGUCAGGUAUGGAUGAUGAAGAGGAUGGAGAGAAGGGUCAUUUAUUCGAAGUGAAGAAAAACGUGGAGAUGUGGUCGCGGUCGUAUCGUCAUGGUGCCAUUAAACGCGGAAAGACCAUCACCCGACUUUCCAGCGUAUGUGAUCCUUACCGGUACAAGGACGAGUGGGACUUCGAUGAUGCUAGUUGGGAGAUAGGACGAGACGACGAGGAUGAAGAGAGAGAGGAGGAAAUUGACGAGUUACAGGAGGACAACGAACCGAAAUGGGAAGCAGAAGAGGAUUAUACGCUCGAGCACGUCUGGAACUCUCCCGAAGACGAAUCAGACGAGGGAGAUUCUGCUCCACGGUUGAAGCCAGUGGCAAUUGUCUACUUCUAUACCCCCGCUUCAAACCCUCAACGCCGAGCUCAAGUUCAUAUCACUCUCGAGGAUACCCCCGCUCCACCUCGCAAAGGGAGAGGAAAUACACCUACGGUUUUCAGGGCCAGAGGACACGUCUAUCUGUGUCCAAUACCCGAAGAUGAGCCUGAUGAAUGGGAAGAUGAGGACUGGGAAGUCAAGCUCUCUCCCAACAACUGGAACAGUCCGCCUAAAGCAUUUACCGAAUAUAUGCGUCGAACAUCCUCCCUUCCACCACCAACCUUAUACAAGCAUUCUGGACAAAGCACUGCGAGUCUGACCUCCACCCCAGGACUCGAGGCUGAUUAUUCCUCUUCUCCGCCCAAGUCCUCUCCAUUUCCCUCUACUCCAUUCUCGAUCGGGCGAGCGGUAUCAAUGGACUCGUUAGGAUCUUCGUCUAUUUCUCCUGCACCGAAACGAUUGUUCGGAGUCUUCCCUGAACGCACUCCAGCUCUUCCCCUGGCGCAAAGGAAAAGAACUGCUUAUAUUACCAAGCGUAUCGAGCGGUCCAGACAGAGAACGAAAUCUAGACCAAGAAAGAAGGAUGAAAUUGAGGAUUCCAAAGAGAGGGAGCGAUUGCGGGAGGACAUGUGGAGCGGGGUACGAGAUAGGAAUCCGGAUGGGGAGGCAGUCGACCAGCUGGUGAGUGAGGGUGACGAUGAAACGGCGGAGGAGGAAGAGCAGGCAAAGGAGAAAGACGAUAGGAAGACAAUACGUGUGAGAGGUGCGAACGGAGUGUACAUGACCUUGGAAGAGGCUAUGUUAUUGGUUGUCGACGAACAGGAAGUAUAA